AUGCAGGCGUGGUUCUCGUCCGGCCCCGGGCCCUCCUCCUCGUCGGCGGCGUCCUCGUCGCAGCCGUCGCUGCUCGCGGAGUGGAACUCCUACGCUGCCGCCCGCUCCGCCGAGGACGCAGGCGAUGGCUUCGGGAUCGACAUCGAGGCGGCCGUCCGCUCCGCCAACGACCGCGUCGCCGGCACCUUCGGCGUGGUCUCAAAAGGUGUUAAAGGGUUGCCUGGCAGCUUUAAGUCCACAACAAGCAGUGUUCCAUCUGGCAGAUCUCUCAUGUAUUUCGGUCUGUUUCUUGCUAGUGGUGUAUUCCUAGUUUUCAUCGCAUUCACGAUAUUUCUGCCAGUCAUUGUGAUAAUGCCACAAAAGUUUGCAAUAUGUUUCACGGUGGGAUGUGCCUUCAUAAUUGGAUCAUUCUUUGCGCUGAAAGGGCCUAAGAAUCAGCUCUAUCAUAUGAUUUCCAAAGAGAGAUUACCUUUCACCGUGGGAUUUGUUGGGAGCAUGGUUGCUACCAUCUACGUGUCAAUGGUGCUUCAUAGCUACAUACUUUCUGUUUUCUUCUCCGUGCUUCAGGUCCUUGCUCUAGCAUAUUAUGCCAUCUCAUACUUCCCUGGUGGAUCUGCUGGAAUGAAGUUUCUAUCAUCCGCCCUUGUGUCCUCAGUGUUGAGAUGCUUUGGGCGAUGA